GGUGCACAAAAAUUUCUUUUCAAAAUAUUCAUUCAACAAAUUUUGUUGUUUACUGAGUAAUCAUGGAUUUCAAGAUUAUUCUUGCAUUUCUGGGCCUUUUGAUUCCUGACAUACAUGCAGUUCAUGAUCGAUUGAAAUUACUCAUCGAUACCGAUGCAGGUAGCGAUGAUGCAGUAGCCCUCAUGUUAGCUCUUAAAGCUUCUGACAUGGUAGAUGUGGUAGCCAUUACUUGUACUUAUGGUAAUACAGUAGAGGAAAAUGUCGAAAAAAAUGUUUUAAAGAUUUUGACGAUAGCAGGUAGAACGGAUGUGCCAGUCUAUAGUGGAUCGAAAAAACCUCUGAAAUCUCGUAGUUAUAAACCCACAAAUUUUUUCGGAAUAGAUGGUAUGGGUGAUAUGGAGUUUGCGAAAGAAGUAACCGCUGAAGUGGAUCGUUCAAUGACAGCUCCAGAAGCAAUGUCUUACUAUGCCAAACUUUAUCCAAAGAAAUUAAACAUUGUAUUACUCGGGCCGCUAACUAAUGUUGCGAGGGCGGUGCAGUUGGAUCCUCAGCUUGCCGAAAAUGUGCAGAAAUUUUGGAGCAUGGGUGCUUGUCCAUUAGGCAAUGGAGCACCGGCCCCUGAUUUUAAUUAUGGAUUAGAUCCUGAAAGUGUACACUUAUUUUUCAAAAACACUAAACAAACGCCGAUAACCAUUUUCCCAGGAUGCACAAGGAGAAAACAUAAAAUUCAUAUGGACUGGAGAGCACAUAUACUCGGUUCACAACGAAACUCCGAAAUCAUUGAGUUCUUGAACAAAGCUGAACAAAUAGCCAUUAAAUCUGUGAAUGGUGAGUGGAUAUCAGACGACUCCCUAGCACUAUCUUCUGCGAUUUGGCCAAAAAAAAUAAUAACGAAACGUAACAAAGGAGAGAUUAUACCAAUAACCGGAGGUCUUCAUAGAGGAUUUGUGAUUUUCAAAAAACAAACGAGUAACAAAAACGUUGAAAUUGUUGAAGAUUAUAACCAUCAAAUGUUUCAAUUAAAAUUACUCAAGUAUUUGAAAUGA